UCCAUUCCCUGGCGAUUCACGUAGAUUCACGUAGAUCUUGUCUCAUUCUAUGAAUCGUUUUAAAAGUAUUGCAAAUUUUUUUUUACACACAAUUCUUCGCAAUUCAAAAAUAAAAUCCUUCUCAAUUUGAUAUAAAUAAUUAGAGUCAAGUAAAUAAUAGCCAGGAAGUACAUAACACUACUACAAUUAAUUAUAUGCCCUGUCAUACAUAAUAUAAUCAGCUCGUUUUUGUUCCAAAUUUUUACUUGGCACUUCACCUCCGAGUUUAAAUUGAAUGGAUAAAUUAACUGGUCACGAGAAGGAUUGAGCAAACUUUACCGAAAUAGGUCGGAAAAUCAAAAGUACAAUUUGGGGCAAAUUUACUUACUUUCCGGAUCCGGAUGGGGUCAAAUUGUUUAAGAAUACUAAUAUAUACUGGGCCAAGUUACUUAGGAUAUCGACCUUCUACCGACCUUCAGCUCUCUGAAAGUAUCACAGCUCUGGACUAAUGCUAGGAUUCGACGAAUUGGGCUUGACCACAUCCGUCACGUUGUGUGGUGAUGCUAGCAAUAUGAAUGAUUCACAGGAAUUAAACUUUGUAGUCACAGGACAGGUGGCACCAUCCGAAUUGCCUGUUGUUUCUUGCAAAUUUGAAUCCCAACAGCAACAAGUCAGAAUUCCGAAGGUAUCUUUGGGAAGAGUGGGUGCUAAUUGUUCUUCGAAGAAUGACUACCCGACGGAAGAUAAAUCUUCACUGGUGGUUACAAACUGUUUGGACCCCACGCCAAAGUUUUAUCAAGAUGGCGAUGUAACUCAAGACGAUGAAAUGUUGGAUAUCACGGGACAGUUUUGUGAAGCUGUUAAAAGUCUCGAGCUAGGAGAAUUGCUCCACGACCCUUCUUUUGGUCUAUUUGAAGCCAUGUCUGCAAUUGAAAUGAUGGACCCAAAAAUGGACGCGUCCAUGAUUUGCAACAAGGGAAAGCGGCCUAUUCUCACUUUCGACCAGGCAGUUCAGGAGGGAUUUCUCUGUCUGGAUAAUGUGUCAUAUGAAGAUCAUAUUGGAAUUAUCGAUACAACCAUUAGCUGCCUCGUUACGUGGAUGGAGGGACAUUCCUUGGCCCAAACUGUUUUUACAAACUUGUACUUACAUAGACCCACUGCAAUUGGGGAUAAAUAUCUUAGGGCAACAUCAGUUGCAAGUUUAAAAUUAGUUGAUGUCAUAGAAGAAUGUAUUAACAAAGCUGGGGUUUUUGAAGAAGAGGAUUUUCAGCCUUCUGUAUAUGGGUACAAUUUAGGCACCAUGUUUACCGACUCUAAGACAUCUAGCAUGUUGCGUGAAUGUGAAGAUGAUCUUCAAAAGAAAAUCAAAUUAAUGAGUAAAACUCAACAAAAAUCUCCUACUCAAGUUGGUGUAAAUGAAAUCCCAGAGCUAGAAGAUAUUAAUGACAUGGACAAAAUUGAUGCUCUACUUGGUCGUAUGAAAUUUCUUCGCUUGUUUCACUCGUUAAUUUUGCAUAUUUGGAAGCGGGAUGACAUUGCAGAAUGUCCAGCUUUGAUCGUUGGGUGUCAAGAAACACUUGUCGUACUACAGAAAACUGCAUCGUUAGGCACCCAACGAAACAUGAAUGAAUCAGAUACGUUCAUGGUUGGAUUCGAGCUUCUGGUCAAUCAGCGUUUGCUACCGCCAACAUUUCCCCGAUCUACAAAAAUCAAGUCCACCGAAGAUGCUUUCAAAUUUAUGGAAGGCCUUCUAAACCGGAUAAAGACAGUUUUGAAAGUGAAGCUUCUUCAAAACUUUCAUGGAAUCGUAGAUUUCUUUCAUGCGUUUAGUGAAACGCGACCAUGUGUACUCUCUCGUUCACUUUUGCAACUUUUAUAUGGACCAAUGAGAUUUAAGAAACCUGGGUUAGAUGACAUGAUGGAUGUCAUGAAAGAAUCUGUUAGAGGAUUUAUUGCACCUCCUGUUUUAUCGUCUAAAUUUAAAGGAAAAAAUAGAGAGGUGUCAGAAUGUGUAGAUAUGUUUUUUGAAAGGAGUGCAACAGUGUUUGCGAACGUACUAAUUGCGUGUGGUCACAAUAGAGCCCGGUUGCGAGAUAAAUUGGCACAUUUGAUGGAAGAUUUUGCAAACUUACAAAAUGAGACGGAAAAAAUUGAUAAUUAUGUACACUCUCUGUGUCUGCAAAUGGAUGGCAUUCGACAACACGGAAAUUGUUUCGGAACAUGGCUUCUCUGCCACAUCAGCAAAAUUAUGAUUCGCUACAUUUAUUCUGGAUUUGAACUGGAAUUAUACGCUCUUCAUGAAUACGCAUACAUUUAUUGGUACUUGAAUGAAAUUUUGUACGCUUGGUUAUUGUCGACGUAUAGUCGAGCAGAAGCAUACAUGUUGGAGGGUGAAACAUUACUAAACGAUAAGAAUGGCAAGAGAAGUGGAAAAAAUCGUCAAAAAAAUAGCAAAGCUAAAUCUAAAGCGUACACCAAAGAAUUAUUGAUUCUUCAAGCCGAGCAAAAUUUGACUGGUGGUUAUUUUAAGACACUUAUGGGGCUCAUCAAUGAUAACAGAAUACCCUUUCCCAAUAUCGAAUUCGACAAUGAGCAAUGUCGUUAUCGUCAUCGUUUCGCACCAUUCGCUCCAAUACAAACGCCAUCACUAGUUCAUUAUAUGCAGUACAAACAGAUUAGCGAACUGGCCUCCGCUCAACCCGCUGCAAAUCUCUAUUUAGCUGCAACUAAAAACUUUCUUCAAGCCAAGCAAUUGCUCGAAGCAAUCCCUGGUUCUGAAAAGGAGGUCUUGGACUUAUUGAAAAUUGCUAAGACCAACUUUGUCGUUGUGAAAUUACUUGCCAGUGGACAUACCAAAGAUUCCCGUUCACCUCCUGAAUUUGAUUUCUCCUCACACAUUCAUUUCCCCGUGAUGAAAGUUGGCAAAGAAGCAGCAAAUUGACAUAACCAUAUUAUAUUACAGAAUUUGCGGUUCCUUGUGACAUAAAAUCAUGAAUUUUAUUAUUAUUAGAGGGAAGCAAUCUUGUUCAUUUCGGCCGAUUGAAUUUCAAAAUCAAUUUUAGCUUUACACUACUAGGUAUUACUACUAACGUUAGAUUUUGUAGUAGUACUGUGUUAUUAUAUACGUAUCCUCGUCGUCGAAUAGUGAAGUGUGAAGUCGUGUGUUGUUGAUGUUUUUAUUCGCGAUCGAUUCGGUGAUAUGCACCCAAGUCAGCUUUAUACAUGUUAGUUAGGGCCCCUACAAUAGUUGAAUUAACAAAUUUAUUAUUACCACGUCAUCGCUCGUGUACUCUCCCCCACAACUGAAUAAAAUAAUAAUUUAAAGACA